AGUUUUUCUCUUCAACUACAAGCCUAGUAACUCACCAAACCGAAACACAUGUGCGUUCGGUGUACGAGCACUGCGCUCGCUUGGAUGACACGUAACUGACGGAUCUCCCCCGAGCUCCCGAAAAUCGGUCAUUCGGCAACCUAAAACACUACAAGAAAUGGCGAAAGCAACGGUGUUCGUCACCGGAGGCGCGGGCUACGUGGGGAGUCACACCACGCUGGAACUCCUAAAAGCCGGUUACGACGUCGUCGUGAUGGACAACUACCACAAUGCUCAUCCGGCCAAGGACGGCAAGAUGCCAGAGAGUCUGCGGAGAGUCCAGGAGCUGGCAGGAGGGAAACCAAUCACCUUCUACAAGGCUGACCUGUUGGAUCAGGACGGCAUCGACGCCAUCUUCCAGAAGCACAAGUUUGACUGCGUGAUCCACUUUGCUGCGCUCAAGGCCGUGGGCGAGUCCUGGCAGAUCCCGCUGGACUACUACAGAGUCAACCUGGGAGGGACCGUCAACCUCCUCGAAGUGAUGAGGAAGCACGGGGUGAAGCGGCUCAUCUUCUCGAGCUCGUGCACGGUGUAUGGGGUGCCCCAGUACCUCCCGCUGGACGAGGACCACCCAACAGGGCAGCGCUGCACCAACCCUUACGGCCGCACCAAGUAUUUCAUCGAGGAGGUGCUGAAGGACGUCAAUGCUUCCGAAAAGGGGUGGACAAUAGUGCUGCUGCGCUACUUCAACCCCGUGGGGGCGCACGAGUCCGGCGACAUUGGGGAGGACCCCCAGGGGACGCCCAACAACCUGAUGCCCUACGUGUCCCAGGUGGCCAUCGGACGGCGCUCCGAGGUGUCCGUCUUCGGCAACGACUUCGACACCCCCGAUGGCACGGGAGUGAGGGACUACGUGCACGUCGUCGACCUCGCCAAGGGCCAUGUUGUGACCCUCGACAAGGUGGUGGCCGGGAGCCUCAGCGGCUGCAGGGCCUUCAACCUGGGCACGGGUCGGGGCUUCUCGGUGUUGGAGGUGAUAGCGGCCUUUGAGCAGGCCUCCGGGGCCAAGAUCCCCUACCGGGUGGUGGAGAGGAGGCAGGGAGACGUCGAUCAGCUCUUCGCCAUGCCCACUCUGGCUUCACAAGAGCUCGGAUGGAAGGCCGAAAAGUCCCUGCUCGACAUGUGCAAGGACAUGUGGAACUGGCAGAAGAAAAACCCAAAUGGAUUUCUAGAACCGAACCGGGCCUGAUAGACCCGAAUUGCGUUGUUUUUUGUACGUCGACGACCGCCGUCCCUGCGAUCCUUCCGUGUCGCCAAAGAAUGCACCGAAAGCAAUCCCAGGAACCACCAUGGUCUGCCUGGUCUUGCCAGUUCGUAGCAGAGCCUUUUUUUAUGUGUUUCAGUCUCGUUUGUACAUGUUUUGUUGCUGUGCUUGGUUGUGCUAGUCAACUAGUCAAAACCGCGCCUACGUUCUAGUCCCCCGCCCCCCCCCCACCUCCGAACUUUGUUAUAUGCCAAACCCAUAAAUGUAGCGUUACCUUUUUAUCUGCACGCCGCACACUUUUUGACGGGUGCAAGGCUUUUUUUGUUGUUGUUUGUCGUUAUGCGGUGUGCCAGUUAUGUUCAACUUAUUUACACGAUGUUACACUUUGGUUCCUGUUGUUUCUUUCUAAAAAGCCCUAUUGCCGAUCUCCCAAAAAUACCCAGUAUAUUUUUGCAAUAAAGUAGCAUUUGUUUUUGUACUGCA